AUUAAUUGUGAAGAUUCAAACCAGUAAUGACAACAGCAAAGAUGGGUCGACCAUCAAUGAAAUCAAGAGAAUCCUUACCCCCGGCCAGAUGGACAUUUUAAGGGGUUCGGCAUUUGGAAAGUUUCUCGACCUCCCACAUUCAAAGAUCCAGAUCCAAUUGCUUAAUCAUAUUCUCUUACGAGAGGUCUAUCAACCCCGGACCGACGAGAUAUGGUUUGAUUUUGGAGGAAGAUUGUUCCGGUUCGGGAUUGAAGAGUUUGCCCUCAUUACCGGUCUCAAAUGCACUGGUACUUGCAAGAAAUUGAACAUCGCAAAGGUAUCCCAAGGCCUAUAUGACAAUUACUUUUCGGGUGUUCUACUUACCCGUAGUUGCAUAAGAGUCCAGUUUUUAAAGAAAUCAUGGACAUCCGAUGAGGACGCGGUUAAGUUUGCAAAGUUACAUCUACUUGCAAACUUCCUGAUGGGUUCGCAGGACUCGCACCGGUUUGACAGGUGCUAUCUGGACAUCAUCGAUAGCGCUGAUUUUGACGAUUAUGCUUGGGGGACCGAUGUCUUUGAAUUUACUUUCCAUUAUCUGAGAAUGUCAAUGAAAAAUAGGGAGCAAAUGCACAACAGAGGGAAGAGCGAUGGAGCUGGUUACAUGUAUAGAUGCUAUGGGUUUAUUUUAGCUCUUCAAAUUUGGUUUUAUGAAAUAUGCGACACAGCCGAGGGCGUAGUAUGCACAUCGAUUGGAGCUAACGAAAUCCCUAGAAUGCUGAAGUGGGAAGUCCGGGAUACUUACAACUAUCUUUAUAUACAGAGGGCAUUUUCGAAUUUGGACUCGAGCAAGAACGUAACACCUACCUUGGAAGAGAAGCAAUCACUGUUGUUGCACAGUUUUUUCCAAAAGAAGAACGAGUUCAAUCGAAAUGAGACACACACGACAUCUACGUCGCAGCCCACCAGUAACUCGGAAAUCAUGGAUCGUCUGAAUUCAAUCACAUCUGACGUUGAGAACCUGAAAAAGUUGUUCUUUGACUUUUCAAGGAGGGUUUUGGCUGAUCUUGAGCUAUUCAAGAAUACAUUCAUUGUAAGUUUAAUACAUUCUAUCAAUAAUCUUGGUUGUAAGCGGCGAAUAAGAUUUAUUGGCAUUUAUCAGAAGUUGAAACCGCCGUUUGAUUUCAAUGUUACUGUUGUGACGGAUAAGAGCUGGUUUUACACUAUACAUGCACCGGGAAAAUUCCUUGAUAGUAGU